AUGUGUAAUGCUGCUGUUGUGCAUGUCUGUGAGGCAACACUAUUUAAGCGCUUGAUAGAGUUUGAAAAUACAGAUUCUGGUAGCUUAACGAUUGAAGAUUUUUUGGCAAAGGCUGAUGAAGAGCCGGUUUCAAAAUGUUUAGCCAAGUCUGGAGAAGUCCUUUGCGAGCACAAGGAUAAGGGUGCUGAGCAUUUUUCUCAUGGACUUUGUGAGGAAUGCUACGACAAUUUCACUGAACUGUCAGGUGGACUGGAGGGUGGUGCUGACCCUCCAGCUUUCCAGCAAGCUGAAAAACAAAGACUGGAUGCUGCUAAAAGAGCCAAGGAAGCUGUGGACGAGGCAAUAUGUGAGUUACAUAAUUCUGAGUUUGAAGCUAACAUCAUGAGCCCUGGGAAGAAGUCUGAAGGCAAAUCUUCGACAAUUGCUUCCAGCCAAAUUGCAAAUGAUUUUGUUGAUUUCAAAGAUUCAGAAGUGGAAGGUGAAAAUGGUAAAACUGGUUCUGAUGCAGAAAAUCUUUCUGAUAUUGAUGAUGCGGAGGUUGACGGGUAUCUUCACAAUGAAGAAGAAACACAAAACAAAAAGAUUAUCUGGGAGGAAAUGAACAAAGAAUACCUAGAGGAACAAGCUGCAAAGGAAGCUUUAGCGGCUGAAUUGGCAGCUAGUGGUGUAUCUGUUGGAGAUGGACGACAGAAGAAACGAAAAUGUAAUGAAGACAAGAACUCCACACCUGCUGAAACACCAGCAGAAGCAACAUACAAUAUGUUGAAACGGAAGGGACUUGGGUCUAAAGUCAACGUUGAAGCUGUGAGUGGAUUGUACAAGAUUGAAGACGAAGAUGGGAAAGCAAAUGGCAAAGAUGACAUGCACUUCGACGAGCAUUAUGAAGAGGAUACUGGUUAUGGUGAAACAUUUGAUGCCAGUUAUGAUUAUGGUCACGAUGCUGAUUACAACAACGAUGGCUAGGUUGAUGACGGUGGUGGUGGAGCCUAUGAGGAUUACCAUGAUGCUGAUUACUAGUAGCAUUCUUCAGCAGAGUGGCAAUCUGAACAACAAGAUCUAUUCAGAAUAUCAAGACAGAACAAAAAAUGUCAUUCCACCUAUAUUCUUCAUCUGCACAAGAUAAUUUUUUAUUUUAUAGGAAAUGAGGUUUCAUUUUACGUAAUUAUAGGGAAACAACUCUGCGUUACGCCCCCCCUCGUGUGCCUCUCUGAGCAAAUUUUUUUCAGCAUGUGAGGAAAGUGAACAUGGCCAAAAUGUUUAUUUCAAAUGGACAAUGUGGAUUGUGGAGUAAGAUUUCUUAUCGCGCUACUGACCGGAUAUCGAACAUGUCGAUGUUGAGUCGGAUUGUCCCCAGGACCCAGGUGAUUAACAGCAUCAAGGAUGACCUAUGCAUAUGGCUCUAUCAUCGAAGAGGCAUUGCUCCUGCUGCUCCCUUCUUUUCUACAUUGCCAGUUGGUUAGUCAUUUCCUUUUUAGUCAUGUCUCAGUUGGUUGCGCUCUUUUUAUUUUUUGGCUUGUUUGUCACUAUUCAUUUUUAAAUCAUUAGUCAUUCUUCAGUAUGAUAACAAAUGAUGGAUUAAUCUGAUCAUGUUGUUAGAUCUGAAAACUGUAGCACACG